UUAUAAAUUUGUAAUAGCACACCAACGAUAACGGUUUCGAAAAGUCACGGGUCAGUGUCCCAAAAAUCGAGGAUUUAUUUUCUAAUACAUUCAAAUUUCUCAAUUAGAUAAGUCGCGAAGAGAUAAGAAAAUCCAUGGGGUACCCUGACUUCAAGAUCUAACACCAAAAUAGAACGAAUGUCACAAGUGUACAACACAUGUCUUAGAGUUGGAAGUGUUUAACGAAAGUAAGAGACUCGUGUGAUACUGAACAGACUUGAGUUACUUCUGUGAAUUGGGUGGCCUGGCAUAAACCAAAAUAAACGUUUGAGCUAAAGGCUAAAAGGGAAUGCAUGGUUUUGGACUGCUUGCACCCCAGGUUGUUGGUAGGAAGGUUUAAUUGACAUUAAAUGGAAGUCUGCUUACCAACCAUGUUUCAUCAUCUUGCAGCAUUAUGGUUGAGUUUAACACCAAUCUUAUUUGAAUCAAUUCAUGGUCAGUAUAUAGGAAGCAGACAACGGCCGUAUAAUCAUCCUCCAGUGAGAGGUUUUGAAUUAAAGAAGUUACAUCCGUGCGAACAAAGUUCUUGUUAUCCAGCUACUGGUAACUUAUUAAUUGGUAGAGAAAGUCAGCUGUACUCAUCCUCGACUUGUGGCUUGCACGGGCGACAACGCUAUUGCAUAGUAUCCCAUUUGGACGAGGAACGGACGAAAUGUUUUUUGUGCGAUUCUCGACCAUCAGCAAAGCCUAAUCCUUUGUACAACCACAAUAUAAGCAAUAUCGUUUAUAGGAUGUAUCCUGGAACUCGGCAGAAAUCUUGGUGGCAAUCUGAAAAUGGCAAAGAAAAAGUGUACAUACAGCUCGACCUUGAGGCUGAAUUUCAUUUCACUCACUUAAUCAUUACUUUCAAAACUUUUCGACCAGCUGCUAUGUUAAUAGAAAGAUCGUAUGAUUUUAACCAAACCUGGCAGGUUUAUAGGUAUUUCGCUCACAACUGCACAGAAAGUUUCCCCGGGAUUAGAGAAGGCACUGCAAGAAAUUUAAGUGAUAUCGUUUGUGAAUCAAGGUAUUCAGGUGUAGCACCGUCAACUGACGGCGAAAUUAUCUACAGAGUGUUACCUCCAAAUGUACCCAUUGAUAACCCAUAUUCUGAACAAGUUCAAGGCUUGUUGAAAAUCACCAAUCUGAGAAUUAACUUCACCAAGUUGCACACCCUUGGAGAUGACCUUUUGGACAGGCGCGAAGAAAUACAAGAAAAAUAUUAUUACGCCAUUACCGACAUGGUUGUCCGCGGGUCGUGCUCAUGCUACGGACACGCUAACCGUUGUUUGCCUUUGCCAGGAAUCGAUCCAAAACCUGACAUGGUACACGGAAGAUGCGAGUGCACUCAUAACACAAAAGGAAGAAACUGUGAGAAAUGCGAAGACUUUUUCAACGAUUUACCCUGGAGACCUGCCAUUGGAAAACAAACAAACGCAUGCAAAAGAUGUAACUGUAACAACCAUGCUACGAGCUGUCAUUUCGACGCUGCCUUGUACGAAGCGACAGGGCGUAUAAGUGGAGGAGUUUGUGACGGAUGCUUACAUAACACUAUGGGGCCAAAUUGUGAUCAGUGCAAACCUUUCUAUUAUAAAGAUCCUCAAAGAGAUAUUCAAGAUCCCGAGGUUUGCAGACCUUGUGACUGUGACCCCCACGGGUCUUUAGACGGAGGUAUCUGCGACUCCGUAACAGAUUCGGUUAACGGCCUCGUAGCUGGCAGCUGCCACUGCAAGACUAACGUCGAAGGGCGUCGCUGCGACAUUUGCAAAAAUGGUUACUGGAACUUCACAGACGCAAAUCCCGACGGUUGUCAAGAGUGUACUUGUCACACUUCCGGGACAAUCGACAAUCAAGGAUGCAAUGUAUACACGGGAGAAUGCACGUGCAAACGGUACGUCAUCGGACGGGAUUGCAAUCAGUGUUUACCUGAAUAUUGGGGACUUUCCGACAAAAAAGAUGGUUGUCAACCCUGCGACUGCGAUCCUGGUGGUUCACACGACAAUUUCUGCGACGUUAUAACUGGUCAGUGCAAGUGUAGAGAGCACAUGUCAGGUAGAAGUUGCGACACACCCGAACAACAGUAUUUCACUGCCAGUUUAGACUUCUUGGUUUAUGAAGCAGAGGCAGCAAGAACAUCUGGGCAGGUAGUGAUAAGAGAACACUUCCCCGGAAGGAUAGAUACAUGGACAGGCACCGGAUUCGUGAAGGCAUUUGAGGGAGGUUACCUUGAAUUUAUAGUGGAUGACAUUAAGACGUCGAUGGAUUAUGAUAUUGUUAUACGAUAUGAACCUGUUAUGCCUGAAGGUUGGGAGGAUGUUACUGUUACCAUUCAAAGACCUGAAUACGAUCAAAUCGAUCCUAAUGGACCAUGCGCUUACAUGGAUCCGAAUAAUGACGUAAAACAAGUUGGUUUGCCUUCAAAUAGCAGAAGUAUUAUCGUUUAUCCCCCUACUUGUCUUGAAGCAGGCAAGACGUACAAAGUUAUUAUCGAAUUUAAAAAAUCGAAUUUCGAUAAAGAAACGCCUACGGCUUCAGUUUUAAUUGAUUCUAUUGUUUUAAUACCUAGGAUUGAAAGUAUACCUUGGUUUUACAAUUCCACCCCCGCUGAAAACAGAAGAAGGGAAUUUAUCUUACAUCAGUGUGGAAGCCCUUCGUAUUUCACCAAAGGCGCUCAAAUUCCAGAAAUUUGCAAGAAAUAUCAUGGCAGCAUUGGAGCUUACGUAUUUAAUGGCGCAUUCCCUUGCCACUGCGAUCCUACCGGUUCCCUCAGUAAACUAUGCAUCGCCAGUGGCGGAUUUUGCAAUUGCAAACCAAAUGUUGUCGGAAGACGAUGCGAUCGCUGCGCACCGGGCACUUACGAUUUCGGUCCGGAAGGGUGCAAAUCUUGCGACUGUAACUCCAUUGGAUCUUUGGACAACUUCUGUAACGUCACGACAGGGCAAUGUAAAUGUCGAGCUAACACAUACGGUAGAGAAUGUGAUCAGUGCCGUAUAGGAUUCUGGAGAUUCCCCAACUGUGAACGGUGCGAUUGCAACGGACAUGCCGAUACUUGCGAAGCGAAGACAGGCGUUUGCAUUAAUUGCAGAGACAACACGCAGGGAGACCACUGUGAUUACUGUAUCGAUAGCUUCUAUGGAGAUCCUAGAAUUAACGUCGACAUUCCUUGCCGACCUUGCCCUUGUCCUGGACCCAUAGGCUCCAAUCAUUCCUAUGCGGAAAAGUGUACUCUAGACCCAACUACUAAAGACGUUAUUUGUGAAUGUCAAGAGGGAUACGCAGGAGCUAGAUGCGAUGUUUGCUCGGAUAACUACUUUGGAAAUCCAGAAAUACCUGGAGGAAUUUGCCAAGCUUGCGACUGUAACGAUAAAAUCGAUCUACUUGCGCCUGGAAAUUGCGAUCCGCACUCAGGAAAAUGUUUGAAAUGUCUCUUUGAAACGACAGGAGAUCACUGUGAGAUGUGCAGACAAGGAUUCUUCAGGUUUUCCGAAGACAGAAUGUGUGAAGAGUGUGUGUGUCACAUUCUGGGCACAAACAGUUCCGCUGGACCUUGUGAUCCAUCGAGUGGGCAAUGUCACUGUCUACCGAAUGUCUCAGGACUGAGAUGUGAUGAGUGUAUACCUAACCAUUGGAAAAUCGCUAGUGGAGAAGGUUGUGAAGCUUGUGACUGCGAUCCACUAGGGUCCCUUAGUCCUCAAUGUAACGAGUAUGACGGACAGUGCCAGUGCGAACAAGGAUUUGGAGGCAGACAAUGCAAUGAGUGUAUGCCAAGGUUCUACGGCGAUCCCAAAGUGCAAUGUUUACAAUGCGAAUGUGACCACCUAGGAGCAAGAACUGCUCAGUGCAACAGACAGACAGGAGCUUGUGUUUGUUUAGAAGGUGUUGGUGGUUAUAAAUGUGACCGUUGCGAUAGAGGUUACAUCGGAAAUGUACCAGACUGCAUAACUUGUGGCGAAUGUUUCACUAACUGGGACAGGAUAUUACAAGAAACUAAAAAUCACACCUUAGAUAUUAUAGAAAGAGCCAAGGAUAUUAAGAGUGAGGGUACGACAGGUGCUUAUUCCAAAGAAUUUGACGAAAUGCAAGGUCAACUAGAUGAAAUCGAACAGUUGUUAAAUAAUACUGAUGAAGUUGAUACUGAUUCUAUAGAAGCAGAUCUGCAAAUAUUACGAGACCGAAUAAAUAAAACAGAAAAUGAAAAACUAAUCAAACUGGACGACCAGUUAGACGAUAAUAAGCAAGUAAUAUUACUGAAGGAGGUUAAACUGAAUUCAUUAAAUGACACCUUAAAUGACUUGAAGAGGAAAAUUAACGACUUGAGAAACAACGGCACCAAACUACAAGAAGCUAACGUGCAAGGAGCUUUGACUCUUAUUCACAAUGCAAAAGAAAAAGCUGACCAUGCUGCUCAAAAAGCUGAUCAUUCUCAGGAAGACGUCAAAUAUGCCGAUACGCAGUGUAAAGCAACAGAAACCUUCAUAAACAACACUGAAAAAGCAUACAAAAAACAAUCCGAGGACAAUGAAAAGGAGCUACAGAAUAUUUCGGAAAAGAUAAAUGAAUUAAACAAUCAAAUUCCGGAGUUAAAUCACUUAGUAUGCGAUGGUACUGGGGUUCCCUGUGAUUCCAUAUGUGGUGGGGCAGGGUGUCAAAGCUGUGGUAACUCGAUUUCCUGCGAGAAUGGCGCCAAGCAACAAGCCGAGACGGCCAUUAUUAAUGCCAACAACACAGAAAUCGCUUUGAGGAACAAAGAGACAUUGGCUAAUGAUUUCAUAAGGAAUGUGUCGCAAAUUAAUACUAACGAUACUCGAAAACUUGCUCAAGAGACUUUUGACAAAAUAUUGGACGAGCUAACCAAGGCCAAUAACUCAUUGAAGGAAUUGACGGAUAUGAGAAAUGAAAUGCGUGAUUUCUUGGGGCAAAAUAACACUAAACCGGAAGAUAUCAGAAAAUUAGCUGAGCAGGUUCUUAAAAAGAACGUACACAAAACUCCAGAAGAAGUUAAAGAACUGGCUGAUAAUAUCAAGAAUGCCGUGGAACGUCUUACAAACACCGAUUAUAUAAUUAAAGCCACAAAAGAUGAUUUAGCAAAAGUAAAUCAAUUGAAGGAACACGCUAAAUACGCUAAGUCCAAUGCAACAAAAUUGUUAAAAGAAGCAGAAGAUGUGAAUGAUUCUUUAAAUAAAACACAAGACGCACAAAUGGAAGCAGAAACGGCAAUUCAACAAGCUUGGGAAGAUUAUAGGACUGUGGAAAAUAUAUUAAACCAGAUUGGCAACGAUACCGAAGCCGCUCAGAGUACAACAGGAAGUAUCGAUAAGCACAUACACCUCCUUAAAGACAAAUUGACAGAUCUUCAAAGAAACAUCACCGAUAACGGUAUCUUUGCUAACCGGGUGAUAGAGGAGUCUGUUAAUAUCGUCACCAACUCUCAGAAGGCACGAGAUGACUCUGGGGUGUUGGAAAAGAAAUAUAAAACUGCCAGAAAAGAAUUGGAAAAGAAAUUGAAUUAUGUUAAAACUACCAAAGAACGCGCCAAUGAUUUAUUUACUAAAGCUCUGAAUUUGGUUGCGAAAGUAACUACAACGCAGGACAGCAUCCAAAAGUUGGAAGACAGCAACCAAGGUGACGAACUAGAUUCGCUUGAGAAACAGUUACAAGCAUUGAUUAAACGGAUGAACGAAUACACUGCCAGUUUGGAGAAGAGUGUGUACCAUUACAAAACUUGCAAUACCUAAUUCGUGUAAGUAUUUUAUUUGAAAAAAUGUUAGUUUUUGAUAAAAGAUUAUACUUCAGAAGAUAAGUGUACUUAUACAUAUAUAUUUUUUACUGAUUAUCAUUUUUGUUGCUGUGAUUUCAAUGAUUUUGAAAAGAUCUGUUUACCUAAGGCAAUUACUUUACCUCUCAAAGGGACAUUUUUGCGAAUGGAACAUGCGUUAUUUUUUAAAUGUGUAUAUAAAAUGCUUUAUAAAUUAAAUAUGAUUGUGCAUCAUCAUUAAUAUCACAAACGUAAUUGUGUAAAUAAAUAAUUUAUUUU